UUCACGAUAACCUUCAGUGCUUCUGUAUCUGGCGGUGAUCACUGGUAGCGAAAUCAUCCGUCAAGUCAGUCUCGUGUUGGACACACAUAGUUUUAGAACCGUAAAAAUGAAGUUCUUGGCAGUGAUUUUCUUGUUUAUUCAUGCUAGUUCACCUUCUCCAUUGAACAUAUUCAAUGAUCACGGGUAUGUAUGCGACAACUCGCAUGGUUCCUGUGUACUACAUAAUGUAGUGCUGGAGUCCGAAUCGGACUUAGCAAAUGUGAAUUUCCCGAGUGUCGAAGGCCCACUAAUAAUUGCGUCAGGAAAAAUUCCACACUUUACCAGGGUGUUGAGCGACGAGCUUCCGGACGUUGUAGAUUUGACAAUCAACCGCCUGCAAGUUGAAACCCUUUACGUGAAACCUGAAAUGACGCACCUAGAAGCCGUCGGAAACAAAAUCAAUGCACUUCUAGUGGAAAACGACUCCCAAGCAUACGAAAUGCUUACAUUAGAUUUAUCCAACAACAUGCUGCAGGACGUUGCCAUUCUGUCCAGGUUCGAUAAACUCCGGCAGCUGACGUUAGAUUGGAACAACCUCGGAGACGUAUCAAUGGAUCUGUUUGGAGAGAUGUUUGAACUGCGUAAACUUUCGCUGGCGAACACAAAGCUUCUCACGUUUGAAACCAACAAGCAAGUGCAUCUCCCGAAGCUGCAAUUGCUAUCCCUGGCUGGAAAUCAUCUGAUAGAGUUGAACGUUCUCAUGUGGGACCUUCCUUCGCUAAGGCUGCUGGAUCUAUCCCGGAAUAAAUUAUAUAUGUUGGAUGGCACUUUGGACCAUUUUAAAGCCCUCGACGAGGUGAACCUUUCCGGAAAUAACUGGAAAUGUGAGCCCUUGGGUCUAAUGAUAUUCAUGCAUAAAUUCAAAAUAGACGCAGAUGAAACUGAGCGGUGUCGACGGGAAGGUUUGACCGAUGUCGAACGAAUUUGCUGCACUCACGAUGCUUCCAGUAUUCUCGGGAACGUUGGAUCAGAUGAUCUAGGUCUGUUCAAUGAUAAAUGGGAUGAAUUAAGCAAAUUGCGGGAGGCUUUCAACGAUUUUAGAAAACUUACGGAAGAAAAUUUGAAACGAAUAGGGACCAACCACGACGAGCAAUCGUUGGUGGAGCGCUUUGAAAAAUUGGAGACAACGCAUAUGGAUAUUUUGUCAAAGCUUUACGAUUUUGAAAAGUCUGAUGCACUCAACGAAGUGAAUGAUCUUCGCUCCAUUCUCAUCGAUCAUAAAGAUACGAUUACUAGGAUAGAAGACAAGCAAUCUAAAGUGGAAUCACAAAUGGAAGACUUUGAAGAACGGAUAAACGAUAUACAAAACAGUUUAAAUGAAAAGUCCGAAGGAAUAAAACAAAUCUCGGAAGCAGUGCAGCGUUUGGAGGAAACCAAAACGGAACAACAGAGCUUUCUGGAUGGAAAGACUACAGAACUACAAAAUCUUGUUAAAAUGCUACAAUCGCAACAGCUCAAAUACCAUUUGUCGAGUGUUGAUUUAAAGGGACAAAUUGCGACCGAACGUGGACGAGUCACCGAAGUGAAGAAUCAAUUAUCCGAUUUAGCUAAGCAAAGCGAUUCAUUCUAUAAGAAAAUAGACCAAACCAACGAAAGAAUUGAUGUAGUGUGGAACAUGAUGGACACGAUAUCUUCAGCAGAUGAUGAUUAAAUAUCAA